AUGAAUUACAUAAGAGAAAAGGUGUCUGGAAAAAAGAAAAGAUUAAUAUAGGAAGGAUAUAAUCUAGAUCUUACUUAUGUGACAAGUAGAAUAAUAGCGAUGAGUUAUCCUGGAGAAGGAUUUGAAGGUUUAUAUCGAAAUCCAAUUGAUUAAGUUGAUGAUAUACAUAUAAUUAGGUUGCUGCUUAUUUAAACACAUAACAUAAUAAUGAUUAUAUGGUUUUCAAUUUAAGUGGUCGAAAAUAUGAUCGUUCAAAAUUUACAGGAGAAGUACAUGAUAAUUGGUAAUGGAAAGAUCACCAUUCUCCUCCAUUAGAUCUUCUAUUUGAUAUAUGUGAUCUUAUAUAGAAUUAUUUGAAAGGUUAGAUUAUUCUAAGAAAUUAGGUGAUAAAACUAAGGUUGUAGUAAUACAUUGUCUUGCUGGCAAAGGAAGAACAGGAACUAUUAUUUGUUGCUAUUUACUUUAUACUGGCAAAUUCUAGAGUGUAGCAGAUGUAUUAUACUACUAUGGCAUAUAAAGAUUUGAAGCAGAGGGUUUAGGAGUUAAUCAACCUUGUUAAGUUAAAUAUGUUGAAUAUUUCUAUAAACUUUUAUCAAUGGGUAUUAAGGGUUAAAUACUUUAUCCUACAUUUAUUAAUAUCAAGAGAGUAACAUUUUAGGGAAAGUAAUGUUUAUUAAUAUUAUUUUACAGAGCUCCUGCUUUUAAUAUGAAUGGCAGUUGUAAACCAUAUAUGCAAAUUAUUUAAGUGAAAAGUGAUAAGGAACUAUAUUCAACAUAAAAAUAUGCAACGAAAUAUAAAGGAGCUACACAUGAUGUAUUCUAUCUAUUUAUUCAGUUAAUUAUUGGUAAAGUAAUGCCAGUUUAUGGAGAUAUUCUAAUUAAAGUCUUUAAUGAAGCAAUGUUAAAAAAUGAAAAAAUGUUUAGAUUAGCAUUUAAUACAGCUUUCAUUGAUGAAGCAACAUAAAAGUAUUUUUUUUAUUAUAUUUAUUAGUACUUUAUAAUUCUCUUUAAAAGACUUAGAUCCAUCUCAAUUACUUAAGGAUGAAAGAUUCGAUAAAAAUUUUUAAGUCAUUGUAUAUAUAUUCCUUAAAAUAGAUUCAUAGAUUUAAAUUGAACCAUGCACAAAGUGUAAUAAUAGAACAAAUUUUCAAUAGCUAUGUGAUGUUUGUAAGCCUCAUUUGAAAAAUGAGGAAAAAUAAUGGGAUAAAAUACAUAGAAUGAUAAAUUAAUAUAAAGUACCUACUGAUGAUUUGGCUAAAGAAUUAUUAUUUAUAAAUAAAGAUUCUGAUAAUAUUGAUUAAAUAAUGGAAUUAAAAAGAAGAGAAAAUUAAAGCGAUUAUGAUCUUAAAGAUCACGAGAAUUAAAAAUUAAGAGUUAGAGGAAAAACAAUUAAAUUUUAACCAGAAUAAACAUAACAAUAAUAAUAAUAAAUUCAAUAAUUAGAAGGGUAAUUAUUAGAACAAAAUGAUAUUCAAAAUUAAUGA